AUGGCUGCAGCAGAAGCCAUGCUUGACGAGAAACAUCCGGCUCUCGAUAUGAACCCAAACGAUAGCAACAAAUACACUUUCGGUCGCAUAGGUUCUCACAAUGUUGUCAUUGCGUGCUUGCCCUCGGGGCAAUACGGCACGAAUAGCGCCGCGAUAGUUGCGAACAACAUGCGCUGGAGCUUUCCUUUGAUACAUAUCGGGUUAAUGGUCGGCAUUGGUGGCGGUGUUCCUGGCAAGGUUGACGUACGCCUCGGCGAUGUCGUGGUCAGUAAUCCGACAGCAGACUCCUCUGGUGUGGUGCAGUAUGAUUUUGGCAAAGCUGUCCGUGACGGCCGGUUCGAGCGGAUUGGUACUUUGAAUAAACCCCCACAGUCGGUCCUGGCGGCGGUCUCAAAGCUCCGCGCCAAUCAUGAGCAACGGCGGAACCAAAUUCCAGCUAUUCUGGCCGACAUGGAGAUGCGGAAUCCUUACAUGUCCAGAUACUCACACCGAAGCGUGGACGAAGAUCGGUUGUUUGAGGCGACAUACGACCAUGAUACUGGAGACACCUGCGAUGGCUGCGAUUUGUCCAAGUUGGUCGAACGUCGUCCACGGCCAAUGCAUUUUCCACAAGUUCAUUAUGGAAUCAUUGCCUCUGGAAACCAGGUCAUGAAACAUGCGAAAACGAGAGACCGCAUAGCUGAAGAGCUAGAUGUUGUUUGCUUUGAAAUGGAGGCAGCCGGCUUGAUGGACAGCUUUCCGUGUCUGGUUGUGCGCGGUAUUUGCGACUACUCGGAUAGUCACAAAGCAAAGCUAUGGCAAAGAUACGCAGCUGCAACGGCAGCUGCUUAUACGAAGGAGCUUCUCUCAAUCAUCACACCGCACAGAAACUACAACCUUGCAGCGCAGCCUGCGGUGCUCGGCACUGGUGAGUAA